AGAAGUUUUCCGCCCGACUUUAAAUUUGGUGUUGGAACUUCCGCCUAUCAGAUUGAAGGAGGAUGGAACUCGGACGGCAAAGGUGAGUCCAUUUGGGACUACAUGGUUCAUAACUAUCCUGAGAAGGUUGUCGAUGGAACAAAUGGCGACAUUGCAUGUGAUAGCUAUAAUAACUGGCAGCGUGAUGCGGAGAUGGUGCGUGACUUGGGUGUUGAUAUUUAUCGGUUUUCAAUGUCUUGGAGUAGAAUUAUGCCGACUGGAAUCAGUAAUGAUAUAAAUCAGCCUGGAAUCGAUUACUAUAACAAUCUUAUUAAUGAACUAAUCAAGUAUGGUGUAGAACCAAUGAUUACGCUUUAUCACUGGGAUUUGCCUCAACGGCUGCAGGAGUUGGGUGGUUGGACAAAUCGCGAGAUUGUAUAUUUCUUCAAAGACUAUGCGAAAGUUGCUUUUGAAAAUUUUGGCGAUCGUGUUAAACGCUGGACUACGAUCAAUGAGCCGCUACAAGUUUGUCAAGCUUCAUACGAAUUUGAUGGUAAUCCUCCUUCCGCUGAUUUCCCUGGAAUUCCGAGCUAUUUGUGUGGUCAUAAUGUUCUUCUGGCGCACGCAGAAGCGGUUGAGUUAUACAGGCAGCAAUUUCAACAAGUUCAGAACGGUAUCAUUGGGAUCGUUUCCGAUACUUCCUGGGCGGAACCUAGAAGUGACUCUCAAGAAGAUUUAGAAGCCUCUGAAUUAUAUUUACAAUUUUCCCUUGGAUGGUAUAUGCACCCUAUAUUUUCUGAGACCGGAAAUUACCCUCAAGUGAUGAUAGAUCGUAUUGGGAAUCUUAGCGCACAACAAGGUUUUGCUAGCUCUCGGUUACCAAUGUUUACAGAAGAAGAGAUUGAAAAGUUGAAGGGUUCAUCCGACUAUUUCGGGAUAAACAGCUACACUAGUGUGAUCGUCUAUCAAAACGACAUAGAUAACUCGGCCAACUAUCCGGUUCCCUCUUUCGAUCACGAUCGCAACACUUUAGGAUAUCAGGAUCCAUCAUGGCCAGGAUCCGGUACCGGUUGGCUGAAAGUUAAUCCUAAAGGGAUGUACAAUUUAUUAACAUGGAUUCGUAAUGAAUACAACAACCCGUUGCUUUAUAUUACCGAGAAUGGUGUUAGUGACCGUGGUGGUACGAAAGACAUUGCCCGAAUUGACUACUACAAUCAGUAUUUGAACGCGGUGUUGGAUGCAAUGGACGACGGUAGUGACAUAAGAGGUUACGUAGCAUGGAGUUUGAUGGAUAAUUUCGAGUGGAGAUCAGGCUCAACCGAACGAUUUGGAUUGUACUAUGUGGAUUAUGACGAUCCUGCGCGUACCAGAAUUGCGAAAAGUUCCGCUAAAGUAUAUGCCAAUAUAAUUACAACGAGACAAAUUGAUCCAGAUUAUCUGCCUGAGCCAGAAGUUUUCAUUCCCGGUCCAAAUGAAAGAUAUGCUGUUUAA